GUAUUAGGACAAUUCUCCGCCCCUGCUGUCACGUGUCCCCUGUGCGCCGAGCCCUGUGUUUACAGAUCACCUAGCGACAGGCCUCUCCGAAUCGCCCCGCCGCCUGCCGUACCGCUAUCGGCCCCAGCACGCCAGAUAGUCGAACAGCAGAGCAGCAGCACACCCCUCCGGGGCCAGGGGGAGGGGCGAGUGGCCUGGCGGGCACCAGUCGAGGCCGAGGACUGUCAGCAUGAGGACGUCACUGCUGGUGUUGGUGCUGGUGGUGUGUGUGGCAGCACCAGCUGCCCUGGCUGGUCUGACCAAGAAGAAAGACAAACACCAUUUUAUCUCCUCCACUUCGACCAGCACCUCAACCACGACAGAAGUUCCAGUGCCAGCUCUGCAGUUCGACAUCUCUAGUAUCACCGGAAAAAUCCCAUUCAUCGGUGACAUCGAGGUCAUUAAGAUCCAUCUGCCAGUACCCCUACCACCACAGAAUAAAAACGGCACUUCGUCAGGAGGCGGAGACACUACCGGAGGUUCGAGUUCGGGAGGCUCCGGCAGUUCCGGGAAGGAUGGGGACCUGAUCGUUCGGCCGGGCGCAGACGGACACGGCAGGCCUCCUCUUUUCACGCAGCCGCCGGCCACGGAAGUUCCGGAGAAACCCGAGGUUCCGGAGAAGCCUGAAGAGCCAGAGGAACCUGAAGAACCAAAGACUCCAGAGGAACCGGAAGAGCCUGAGGAACCUGAAGCCCCGGAGGAACCUGAAGCCCCGGAGGAACCUGAAGCCCCGGAGGAACCCGAGGCUCCAGAGGAACCCGAGGCUCCAGAGGAACCCGAGGUCCCGGAAGAACCUGAAGCUCCGGAGGCGCCAGAGGAACCCGAUGCUCCUGAAGAACCCGAUACUCCUGAAGACCCUGAGGCUCCUGAGGUGCCAGAGGCUCCUGAGGUGCCAGAGGCUCCUGAAGAACCUGAGGCCCCAGAGGAACCUGAAACUCCUGAGACCCCUGAAGCUCCCAAAGUCCCGGAAACCCCAGAGGUACCCGAUUCUCCUGACGAAGACACGAUAGUGAUCCCGGACGUCGCCACGUUUGACGCCGUGUUCGCAAAUCGCAGCCGGCUGCGCGACAACAUCCGCGUAUUCGCCUUCGGCGGCGUCUACGAGAUCAUCGUCAACCGCACGCGCAACUCUGUGGACGUGGUGAUGAUCCGAGCCGUGCCCCGGAACGACACCGCUAACGACACGAGUGUGCAGGACGAGGUGCCGAGCGCAGAGCCGGCGACCGCCGCAGGAGAGCAGCGGCCUCUGCUGGCGAUGCGGGCACCCUCGGUGAGCGGUCCGUGGCUGGGAAAGACUGAGGAUGGAAAGGCACAGGGAGAUGGUGGGAAGGACAACGAUGGAGCUGAUGGAGCUGACGUUCAUGGAAACGGAAAAGACGAAGAUGAAAAUGACGGAGACGAAGGUGACAAUAAAGCUGGAAAUAAUAAGCAAGAUGACGCGAAGGAGGAUGACAAAGCUGACGGUCGGCCGGCUGGCUCCGACGGCACCAUCCCGCGACUCCCGGACGGCAGGGUGGCCGCUGUGGUCGUCAACGGCUCGGCCGUCGUCGGCAUGAACCUCGGGGUCGUCACGUUCAACACCAGCGGUCUGUUCAAGCUGAACAUCUCGCUGGCCCAGGACUUCAUGACGGUGAUCAUCUCUCAGCUGGCAGAUGUGGUCCCGGGCGGUGCGGACGCGCUGCUGGACCAUCCGGGCGCUCCGGGUGGCUCGGGUGGUCACUUUGGUCCGGGCGGUCCAGGCGCAUUCCCAGGCGGUGCGUUUGGUCCGUUCGGUCCGGGCGCACCGCCGACGGCCGAGGAACCCCGCAAAGAGCCGGAGGUCGACAGCAGAAAGGAGCAGGCGCGUCUCAAGGAGCCGGCAGAGCCCAGCCGUCGCACGGAGAGCCGGGACGCAGAGGUAUACGGCCGGGGUCCCUCCACGGUGACCACCAUGCUGAUGCUGAUGGCCCUCGGAGCGGCGGCCACCCUCGGAGCCGCCAUCCUACUCUCGCGGUCCAAGGAGCGGGCCAGAGUCGCCUCGUUCGCGCACAGAGGUGACGAUUAUGGAUCGAUUGAUUACCCCACCGAGGCAAUCUACUAUGAUCGCAUCUAGCGUGGUUCGGUGCUUGGUGUCGAUCGUAGCGACAUCUGUGGUAGAGUUCUGAAACUAACGGUAGCAGUGUCUAUCUAGUGGUCACUGGUCAGGGUUGAAGUAUGACGCAGGAUAGGGUUUUCGAAACUCCCUGCUCAUACAAUUUGGAGGUAUUGGACUUGUAAUCUGCGUAACAAUCACACUACCGUGAUAUAUCAUCUACCCAUCAUGCCUAGUUAAUAAUAUAGUCGCAUCGUAUCAAUGUUCAUUGGCUUUGGGGUGUGAGCUGUGAAGUGAGUGUAAAGUGAAAUAUUGAUGUCGGCUCACACGCAGAUGCAUUUGCCGUCACUGUCCUCAGUUAGCGUCUUGCUACUCAUUGAUGAACCAUCCAACGCUAAGCUGAUGAGAUGUGGUUUAGAGUUUUCCUUUUCCGGUGCCACAGUAUCAGUGCAUUUGUCCCGUGAACUGAGCGUCGAACUUACACCUUGUCUGCGUGUGACUUCAAUACACAGUCAUCUCGUUUACACUGCGUUCUGUCCCCCGGUGCGCGGCUACUGACGGCCGUUUCUCUCCGGUCGUCUGUUCCAGAUUACGAGCCACUGUAGCGGUACACAUUGUACUCCUCCCGGUAUCACGAGGUGCACCUCAGGUACGCGGGGACGCUUGAUGAACCAUGGCGACAUAACCCACCACGCCCGGCCAACUAGAAAAGCGUCGAGUACGGCAGGAUCGGUUUAUUAUUACCAGUGCACGUAAUGACCUUGUACAUGAUUGCUUUUGAACACAGACGGCGUCGUGCGGAGUCGCACAGAAUGUUAACAAAUAAACCG